AGACUGGAAGGAUAGCUAGUGAAUUAUCAGAGAAUAGCUAAUGUUUUCAGACAGCACUAGCUACAGCAAAUUGGACUAAGGUAUAGAUUACAACCAUACAAAGGAUAUAACAAGAGAAGGCAAAUAUAAUAAACGGGAACAUGAUAGCCACAAAGCAUUUGAUGCAAUGGCUACUGAUAGCACUGGGACUCUGCAUCACACUAACACAAGGAGCAAAAUGUAAAAAGUCUGGAGUCAAUCCCAAGACAUGCAAAACCAUAAAUGAUUGUACGAAUGGCUAUAAAUGCACCAAAUCAAAAUGUUGUCGGAUGUCAAAACUGUGUCCAGCUGGAGAUCCGAUGCAAGGAUCACAAAAGGGCGAAUUUCCCACGUGUGUGAAUGAUUCGGAUUGUAAGGAAGGCUAUCAAUGCAAUAUCAAUGAGGGAAAACAAUACUCUGUUUGCUGUGAGAAGAUUGAAGGAUCAUGUGAGAUACCAGAAAAUGGCAAAGUAAUAGCUGUUGGUAAAACUAUUAAAAUUGGUAAAUGCAAAAAAUGUGAUUGCACAGCUGAUGGCCUUGAAUGUAAGUCAAUCAGAUCCAAGAAAUGUCCUUGUGAAUAUGAAGGAAAGGAAUAUAAAUCUGGUGAUCUGUAUACUAAUGCAACACACACAUGUUCAGUACUGUGUUCUGCAAAGAAAACAAAACUUGCAAAAUGUAAAGGAGUAUGUACAAUUGAAACAGAUGAUGGAGAAGAAAUACUGCCCAUUGGCAAAACUUGGGAGUCUCCUGAUAAAUGCAGGACAUGUAAAUGUAAAACGCAAGGUGUAGACUGUAAAUUGAAAAACACUGGUGAACUCCAGAAUAAGACGCAUAUCUGCACAGUAAUGUGUGCUCAAAAAACUAUGGAGUGUGAAGAAAAGGUUGAUGGACCACAUUGGACACAAUGGGGGCCUUGGAGCAUGUGUGAUGAACUUGAAUGUGGCAGGAAAGUCCGUAUUAGGAAAUGUAAGGGGCAAAAUGGAGAUAACCUGAACAGUUCCCAUUGUAAAGGGGAAGAAAGAGAAGUUGCCUGGUGCCCACUACCUGAUGAUGUGCCUUGGCCACAGUGGACAGUUUGGGGUCAUUGGAGCAAGUGUCACGCAUAUGAGUGCGGACCCAUGAGGAGAGCCAGAAUGUGUAUUGAGAAGACAGGAGAAGUUCUAGAAACUUCUAAGUGUGAAGGAGAAGAGGAAGAACAACAAUGGUGCCCACCAUGUUUAGGUCGAUCAGCAGGUGGCUUUCGAGUUUUGAGAAGUGAACGUCAUCUAUUCUCUGGGGUUGUGUCUCUAUCAAAGAAAGAGGCACAAGAUACAGAACCCAAACAUUUCUGUGGAGGAAAUAUAGUAACAAACUCAUGGAUAUUAACUGCUGCUCAUUGUAUAUGUAAAAUCAAAGGCUGCUGUUCCCCAGAUAACAAAGUAAGUUGUGACAUCCAGCGCAUUGUUCGGGUCACUGCUGGCAGGCUGAAACUUACAAGACAUGAUAAGGUAGAGCAGAUUAAAAAUAUCAGCAAAGCAUACGUAAUUCAUAACUAUAUCCCAGAUAUUGAUGGUGCAAAUAUGAGAAAUGAUAUUGCUCUUAUACGCCUAGCUGAUCACCUUGAGUUUGGAGAUGGGUUUGUUGAACCAGGUACACUGCCCACAGGCAUGUGUGCUAAUGACCAGGAGAAUGUAACCAUUUGUGAGACUGUUUGGGAUAAAGCUGUGAAUCAGGAAUGUAAGAUGGCAGGUUGGGGAGCAACACCUAAAACUGAGCCUGACCCUUCUCCUGACAUGAGACAGUUAGAAAUGACAGUUAGGACCUAUAUACCACAAGAAGGUGUGACAAAAAUCAAAGGUGUUGGAGGUACGCCAUGUCCUGGUGACAGUGGCAGCCCUUUAAUGUGUGGAGGGGAUGCUGAGAAACCUGGUCCAACAAUAGGAUUAAUGAGUUAUGUGGAAAUGAUGGGUUGUUACACUGGCAAUCCAUCUGCAACAGUCGCAACAUCAGUGCCUGAUUACUUGGAUUGGGUCACAGAACAUGUAGUUGAUCGCACUGAAUGGGGAGAAUGGAGUUGCUGCUCAAGCCAGUGUGGUAGAAACUGUUCCAAGCCCUGUCUAAAGGGAAAAAUGCAGCGAAUACGUGGUUGUGUAGGACCAGUCUUUGGAGGGCAAGAACCUCGCAAGGAAUGCUUUCAAAAAGAGACCAAGGAAUGUCAUACUCAAUAUCAAUGCCAAGGCUCACAAUGGGGAACUUGGGGAGGUUUCUCACCCUGCACUAUGCUUUGUGGAAAGCAGGUUAAGAUUCGUGGUCGCCAGUGUUUGCGACCUGAUGGCACCAUAGACCCAGACUUGAACAACUGUGAACCUGAUGAAGACACAGGAGUUAGCAACAUAGAAAAUCAAAACUGUAUGCCAGAAAUAACACAAAAGGUUGAUCCUCCAUGUGAGCAUCCAAAGGCAAAUGGUGGUAAUGAACCCAAGCAGUGGCUGGCUGCAUUCUACCACAAUGGUGUACUCAAAUGUGCAGGAACUUUACUCUCAAAGAGAUGGGUUGUAGUAGCUGCUAGCUGUCUCAUUGCGACAGCAGAUGAUUGCCCCACUGAAGUAGGUUGGGAUGUGAGAUUUGGAAAGCAGUCAAUUGGAAAAAAUGACGAAAUUGAAACACGCAAAAUUUCCCGCAUAAUCUUCCAUCCGGACUUCAGGGCCUUGGAUGCCGCCAAGAAAAUAUUUGCAAAUAACAAGGCUAUGGUCCAACUUGAGACAGCGGUUGGUCUUAAGGCAGCAUGUGUCAAGCCCAUGUCCAAAAAUUUGAAAUCCCCAUGUUCUGCACCACAAUUUCAAAAUUAAUUUAGAUGCUUAUAGUCAUCAGAUAAGAUUGAUAUAUCCCAGAGAAUAUGAAAGUAACAAACACUUGAAAACAUAAACAGUGCAUAAUAGAAACAUCCCUUGCCUAAAUACAGGGUGGCCCAAAAUCAAUGCAGCCCAUUUUUAGGGUCAUCCUGUAUAUCUAUUAGGUCUUUAUUUCAUAUUAUUUAUGCCAUUUCUCUUAAUUUUGCAUUUCUACAAAAUUUGGAAUGUUUUAUUAUUGUUAAUUUACACCUAUUCACUUUAUUUGGGAUUUAAAAAACAUAUCUUCCUUGACACGAAGGCAAGACAAACAAAUAUACACUGCAGAUUUUCAAACUUACUUAUCUGUAAGCAAAUUACAUAUAAUGCAAUAAAUCAGUAUAUUGUAUGCACUGAAAA